UCUUAGUUUCAGUCCAGAAAUGCAGAAAAAGCAUACUAAAUAUUUUUCUGGCGGAUGGCAUAUGCGAAUAGCUCUAGCACUGCUUUAUUCGUCGAGCUUGACUGGCUACUUCUUGAUGAAAAAAGAAAAGGUCGUCUUUUAUAAGGAUAAUAAGCAAGCAAAUGGUUGGGGUUUUUCUUUCAAUAUGCGUCUGUCGAAGCCUGCGCAAGCAUAUUCAGAACUUGAAAGUAUCUACUGUUGGUGUAGGUGCCAUGGGUUACAUUGGCAACAAGGGAUCAAUAUCAGUCAGCAUGUCUAUAGAUCAAACAUUUUUUUGCUUUAUAUAUAGUCAUCUAAAGUCAGGCGAAAAGGAUGGGGAUGAACUUCGAAGAAAUGUUGAUGUCCAAGAAAUUCAUCAUAGAACACUGUUUACUUCAGCUUCUUCAAAGGAAUUGCCUAAAGUUAUCUAUGAUCAUGAAAGGAUAAUUUGGCUCGGAGAUUUGAAUUAAUCUACAACCUGUGCAUCAUUUGAUGGAACUAAUAGAGCCUGUGCAAUACAUGAACUUCAUGUAUAUGGAAGCACCAUUUUUAGUAUAUUCUAUUGCACAUCUUCUUUUGGUUUUUUCUUCAAAGUAGUGCUAUUUUGUA